AUGAGUAGAAAGUAUUUCAAGAUUACCAAAUGUCCGGAAGCAUCUCUCGCAACAGCUAAUAGGAUUAUCGUCAGUGACAAGCAAGGUAUCAGUGAUAAAGCGAUAAUCAACGUUACAAAAAAUAAUGGUACGAGCUCUAUCCACUCGGUAAUCCUCAGUUCUAGAGUUAAUCUUGACUAUCUCGGACUUACCCUCGUGGACAGACAAUGGUUGGAGGUGCCUCUCGACGAACAGGUAUUGGUGUCGAUAGAGAACAGAUCCACUAAGAAGCUAGCCUCUAUGGUAUUACUGUCUGUAGAGUUCCUACAAAAAGCUAAAGCCACUAAGAACCCCUUAAACACAGACGAAAUGGCUCAGCAAUUUGCAAUGAAACACAUCGAACAGCCUGUCCAGCUUCAUCAAAGAUUAGUGUUCACUCUGACCAACAACCCUACCCUGGUAUUUACCGUAGUUAAGAUAAGCACCACUGAGGGGCCACUUGACAUGAGCAAGAUAGAUGAGAACGCUAAAGUUGGCGUCCUUUUCCAAAACACUGAGAUAAGGUUUGAGCCAGCCAAGGCCUCUGGUGUACAGCUAAAGGGAAGCGCAGUUGGAACUGAAUCAAGUCCAAACGUAAUCAAUCCCAACUGGGACUUUGCUCAAAUGGGUAUUGGAGGUCUGAACGAUGAGUUUAGUGAUAUUUUCCGACGAGCCUUUGCUUCCAGGUUGUUUCCUUCUAACAUCAUCGCUGAUUUGGGAAUCAAGCACGCCAAAGGUAUUCUGCUGUACGGGCCUCCUGGAACUGGUAAAACUCUAAUGGCGAGACAAAUUGGAAAAAUGUUGAACACAAGAAAACCUAAGAUUGUUCAGGGCCCGGAGAUUCUAAGUAAGAUGGUGGGUGAGAGUGAGGCUAAUGUGAGAGCCCUGUUCGCUGAGGCUGAGGCAGAGGAGAGACAGAUGGGUGCUAACAGCGGUCUGCACAUGAUAAUAAUGGACGAGUUGGACGCCAUCUGUAAGCAGAGAGGUAGCACUAACUCGGGUACAGGGGUACACGACACUGUUGUUAACCAGCUCCUCAGUAAAAUAGACGGAGUGGAACAACUUAACAACAUUCUCAUCAUCGGCAUGACAAACAGGAAAGACAUGAUAGACGACGCACUGUUGAGACCUGGUCGUCUAGAAAUACACAUGGAGAUAUCCCUUCCUAGCGAACAAGGGAGGGUUGAAAUCCUUCAUAUUCACACCGCUACAAUGAAGAAGAGCGGCAGGUUGGACCCGGAUGUGAACAUUGAGGAGCUAGCAGCUCUGACCAAGAACUUCAGUGGAGCGGAGAUAGAGGGUCUAGUGCGGGCUGCGCAGAGCAGCAGUCUUAACUCUUAUGUUACUGCAACUAGCAAGGUAGAGAUAAAUCAGGAGGUUUAUAAGCAGCUGAAAGUUAACAGAGGCCACUUUAUGCACUCACUGGAGCACGAUGUACAGCCAGCCUUCGGCUCCAACCUUGACGAUCUUAACGAUUAUCUGCUCUACGGAAUUAUACCUUGGAGUCCAGGUAUUUCCAAGAUCCUCCAAGAAGGAGACCUGUACGGCAAACAAGCAGCGAACAGUGACCGUACUACACUGGUCUCCCUCCUCCUGGAGGGUGAGAACUUCACUGGCAAAACUGCUCUAGCAGUGAAAAUAGCCAUCAACUCCGGCUUUCCAUUCACCAAGAUCAUAACCCCUGGCAAGUUGGUCGAACUAGCUGACAUGGCUAAAAUCAGGGCUAUCUACAAGAUCUUCACUGACGCAUACAAAUCAGAAGUGAGCUGUGUCAUCUUGGACGGGAUCGAGUCGCUGAUAGAGUACGUGCCCAUAGGGAUGAGAUUCAACAUGUCCAUGGUGCAGACUAUCAUGACUCUCAUUAAAAACCUCCCUCCUCGAGGGAAGAAGCUCAUGAUAAUAGCCACCACUUCUAACCCAAAUCUACUGAAAGAUAUCGGACUACGACAACACUUUACUCAUACCAUGACAGUUCCGUUAGUUCAGAGUUCUACUAAUCUGAUCGAGAUUAUUGAUACGUUACAGGUCUUCACUAAGGAGGAGACUGAGGAUCUGAAGAAUGAACUGAAGGAUGUGAAUUUGAGGGUGGGGAUCAAGAAGUUGAUUGAUAUUUGCAUGACUGCUAAACAGGCAGGGGAUUCCGAUACAAAGAAAGCAACGUUUAUUAAUUUAUUGAACAGGGCUGGAGGUAUUUUGUAACUGACUCGUUUACCAAAAUGCUGUAUUAUUUUUUUUCAAGAUCCUAUUUUAAUUAUAAUAUUUGCAGCUUUAACAGUUUGGAGGCAUGACGCACGAUGCAAUUUUUCGGGUUUCAUUAUAAAUUUCACCAAAUUUUAACGGUAAGAUUUCCUAAUAAGUCGUACCUAGCUGUAGCCUGUUUCAAUCUGUAGAAAAUAAGCGAGGUAAUUAGCUGGAUCUAAUUGCCGAGUUGGUUUUCAGCUAUAAAAGUAUAUUAACUAAAUAAUUAGUGAGUGUGAAAUUGGACUGGUACUGACUACCAAGCACUAAAUGUUGGAUUACCUGUAUUAUAGGCGUCAUUUAUUUUUAAUAAUUGAGGUAUGAUGAUAUAAGUUAAUUCUGAAAACGUAAUAAAUCUUAUAAAUAUAGUUGUACAAGUGAUAUCGUUUUUUGGGAAUAUUGUUCAGUUAAUUGAAUUUGUUUAUUGAAGUUAAAUGUUGCUGAUUGUUUACAAUUAUUGUCACUAAUAUGCAUCUCUUAGAUAUUGUACUUAUUUCAUUCAAUGCUCAUUCUUCAAUUGUCUGUUUUGUAAGAUUCUACCAGGUUUCUAAACCUGUAUCAUGCAUAUUUUGACAUGAUUAAAUAUCAA